AUAUUCUAGGUCAUAUGGUUGGAUGGGUGUGAACCGGGCUGUGCCCCUCCGGUCGGCCCAGCCCCCAACGCAACCCCACUUCUGCGUUUGGGACUCGGACUCACCCAUGGCCCUUGAGCUUUGUACGCAGCCUUCAUAUAAUCAAACUUGUUUUUAAGAAAGAAUUGGCAGAAGAAUUUGCAUAUUUAACUAGGGCAAGUGUCUGAUGCUUAGGCUACAUUGUUUGUGCACAGUAAGCCUUUACAUGGGGGCAAUAGGAAUGCUCCUCUCCCAGAAUGGGAUCCCUACUGAAUUAUCCGUCGCGGGUGGCCGGGAGUAGCUCCGACGGGACAGAGGACUCGGACGAGCCGGCGGAGAGUCCCGAGAAGGACCCGGCGGGCCGGCGGAGGGACACGCGACUCACCCGGUCGUCGCUGAGGCUCAGUCAAAGCUCACAAGGCAACUCCAGCCCAGUACGGAGCAGCCCCUGUAAAACACUAGGAUCAGAGGAGGCCGUUAAUUUGGCAGCAGCAGCGGCAGCCGCAGCAGCAGCAGCAGCGGCAGCAGCAGCGGCAGCAACUGCAGCAGAUUUGGUCUUCACUUCUGGACGCAGAGUCACACGCAGCCAGCAGGGGGCGACAAACGCCACGGCUAAAAAAUACCCGCUACGCCAAGGCAGGUCCUCCGGCUCUGACACCGAACUCAAUGAUUUAAAGGCCUGCGACACCCCGCCGCGAACCCCCACCGGCAACGGCCCCUACUCGGAGUCGGACCCCGAGGUCUCCGGCCCCGGCGACGGCCCGGUCUCCGGCGGCAAGGAGGGCGGCGCGCCCCCCCCGCCCGCCGCGGUGGUCUCCCAGGAGGAGGACGAGCGGUUGGCCAAGGAGCUGUCGCUGAAGGAGGCCGCCGCCCACGACCUCUCCCACCGGCCCAAGCGCCGGCGCUUCCACGAGAGCUACAACUUCAACAUGAAGUGCCCGACGCCGGGCUGCAACUCGCUAGGCCAUCUGACGGGGAGACACGAGAGACAUUUCUCCAUAUCCGGCUGUCCCCUCUACCACAACCUCUCCUCCGAUGAGUGCAAGGGCAAGGUGACGUCGCGCGACAAGCAGGUGGAGGAGAGGGCCCUGUCCCACCGGCAGGACGAGAACCGACACUCCACACGCAACCAGCAUGAGCCCGCCACGCCCCAGACGCCCCCUAACGGACGCCUCCCGGCGCCCCGGUCCGCCUCCAGGCUAGGGGCCAGGACCAGCAGGGUCCGCUGCAAGAAGGGUGGCAGGGCCCCCUCAGAACGCCAGCUGCGCUACAAAGAGAAGGUGACGGAUCUGAGGAGGAAGAGGAACUACGGCCUCAACAAGGAGCAGAAGGAGAAGCACAUGGACCCCCGACAGAGCCACGGGGCGGGUCGUGAGCCCCUCCUAGAGAACAUCACCAGUGACUACGACCUGGAGCUGUUCAGGAAGGCCCAGGCACGGGCCUCCACCAACCUGGAGAAGCUGCGGCUGGCGGGCCACGCGUCGUCGGAGGGCGGCAACAUGAUCAAGAGCAUCGUGUUCGGCCGCUACGAGCUGGACACGUGGUACCACUCGCCCUACCCCGAGGAGUACGCGCGCCUCGGGAAGCUCUACAUGUGCGAGUUCUGCCUCAAGUACAUGAAGAGCCAGACCAUCCUCCGCCGACACAUGGCAAAGUGUGUUUGGAAGCAUCCUCCAGGCGAUGAGAUCUACAGGAAGACAAACAUCUCCGUCUUCGAGGUGGAUGGCAAAAAGAAUAAGAUCUACUGUCAGAACCUGUGUCUGCUGGCCAAGCUGUUCCUGGACCACAAGACGCUGUACUACGACGUGGAGCCCUUCCUCUUCUACGUCAUGACCGAGGCCGACAACACGGGCUGCCACCUGGUGGGCUACUUCUCCAAGGAGAAGAACUCCUUCCUGAACUACAACGUGUCCUGCAUCCUAACCAUGCCCCAGUACAUGAGGCAGGGCUACGGCAAGAUGCUCAUCGACUUCAGCUACCUGCUGUCCAAGGUGGAGGAGAAAGUGGGCUCCCCCGAGAGACCCCUGUCCGACCUGGGCCUCAUCAGCUACCGCAGCUACUGGAAGGAGGUGCUGCUACGCUACCUCCACCACUUCCAGGGCAAAGAGAUCUCCAUCAAAGAGAUCAGCCAGGAGACGGCCGUGAACCCGGUGGACAUCGUCAGCACCCUGCAGUCCCUCCAGAUGCUCAAGUACUGGAAGGGGAAACACCUGGUACUGAAAAGACAGGACCUCAUCGACGAUUGGAAAGCCAAGGAGACAAAGAGGGGCAACAGCAAGACCAUCGACCCCACCGCCUUAAAAUGGACGCCGCCCAAAGGGAGCUAGAACCAUUUCUAUUAUUGACACUUCACACCUCCCACACCCCCCCCCUAACCCUCAAGCUUUCCAUUCACACGCACAGUCGCACACACACAUACCUGAGCAUGCACUGACCCACAAUCUUCCCCCCACAUACACACACACACACACACACUCCACCAACCAAACCAUCAUCCCCCAGGUCGGCACCGCUCUGUUCCUGAUCACAGAGUUCAGCGCCACUCUGAGUUCCUGAUGGGUUGGCAGUUGAAGUGGACGUUUACUUCAAGAUGUACCGCGCUUUUAAGGCGUUGUCACGGUUACGAGGAUUCCCCACGUUGCUUUUGUGUAGACGACGUGUCCCUCGAUGUAGUUUGAUGUAAAAUAUGAGUAGUCACUGAUAGACCACACGAGGUUGAACUACGAGGUAACACGUUUCAAUGUUUAAAUCUUAAUUAUAACUGCUCUGUUCUGUUUUGGCGUUGACAGAACGUCGAACCUCGCCAUGGUUAAAAAAUGGUUGUAUUGUAGUAAUUGUCGUAAUCACAGGAGAAACAAUGUGUUUUUCUCAGUUCUAAUUCUAUUAUUAUAUAUAAUAUGACAUAUAUAGAUAUAAAUAUAUAUAAAUAACUAAGGUGUAAUCUCAACAGGACCUACAUGCUAUGCGAGCGUGUACAAAUUGAUUUCAAUGCUAAUGUUCGACAAAUCAAAUUGUAUCGUAAGAAAAGAAGAAAAGAAGUCUGAUCACCUGUUCUAUGCAGCCUGUAUGCUGGAGCUGAACGUUUGCACAUUUUUAAAAGUCCAAUGCUUCCAGUAACUCAAACUACAUGUUUUUAUUUGAAAAAUCCCCCCCCCCCCCCCCCCCCCCCUCCCCAAAGUAAAGAACAGUAGUUAGUACCCGUUAUGUGGCCUCGCCUUUUUUUUUUUUUUGGCGGACUCUGGUUCUGAUGCAGGACUAAGAGUAGCAUGGGACCAGACACUGCUCCUUCACCACGCCACUGACCCGUCACGGCCAAAAUAAUUGGGGCGUUGGUCGGCGAAACGGCCGGCUCUCAGACACUCCCCGCUCAACACUGAGCAGCAGGCCCGGCCUGUAAUCCAAUCUCUCACAGACAGCCCCCCCUGCUCACUCAUUCCCCCCGCGCUGCUCGGCCCGGCUCUCUCCAUCGGGUUGUCAAAACACUGAGUGCACAACAGCGCACGAUGGCACCCAACAACAACACACAGGCCGACACGCACAACAACACACGGGCUGACGCGGGUCGGCUGACUCAUGCAGAGCUCUGCUACUGCAGACGUUAGACGGCUGCCUGAUUCAACAGGACAGGACUCAACACCUGAACGCACACGCACGCACACACACACACACACACACACACACACACAGUGUUUGUGUAAAUGAAGGACCACUGACUUCCAUCGUGUUAGCUGUCAGCCAGCGGGCCAAAGGAAAGAACCCAGAACCCGCACUGGGUCUGCUGGGCUCAGACCUCUGACGCCUUCGCCAUCCACCUGGUUAGACGACCAAUGUCGAUUAUGGUGAUGGUGGCUUUGAGUUAGCCCUUCCAUUUUACACUAUGUACUCCUUAACGAGGCAAACAUAGAUAAACAGCCACAAACCAAAUUUUUACACGCUCACACACUUCCUGAGAUUUUGGCCCACCACCGGAGGAACAUGUAAUGUUUUGAAGGUGUUGCUACAUUUGUGCGUGUGUAAAAACAUAAACGUAUACAGCCUAGAUGAUGAUACAUUUGAAGCUUCACCUCAGUGGAUGGUGGUCAACAGCAGAGCAUCCCAACUGCUAAGCAGUCAUCUCGGAUGUCCCAACACCCUCCGCAUAGGAACGACCUUUGUAUGCUUCAUGGUUCUCACGCCUAGUCCCCUUGUGAUUGGUCAGUCCUCGGUGGUGCAACAGGAAGUUGAAGCCGCCAUUGGCUGGAGGCGCGUGACCUCAAUGAGGGGAGAAGCCCGCCUUUUUGUUUUCCUGAAUUUAUUUUGCCACUUGCACUGUCCAUUCCAAGAGCAUCUGUUCAGCCUUCGACCCAGCAAGAGAGGGGUUAAAAAUGUUUUAACAGGAUUUAUUUUUAGGAGUUUUAACAGAUCUAAUGCCUGAUGCCAUUUAAUGCUUUCUUCCUUUUGUGUCAUGUGGCAAAUUGUUGAUUUCAUUCUUUGCCUACCUCUGUGAUUUGACUACUGUGUGUGUUGCCAGAAUUGCCCUGUCAUGAUUUGUUAUCCUUUUAAACUCUGUUUUGGUUCCCUGGGUAAUUCUUAAUACAUAUGGGUUUUGCAGAUGCAAGAAGUUAUUCGCUUUUUAUUUGAAUUAUUUAUAGUUUUAAGAGAAUGUCAUGGUACUGUUCAGAGGGUCUGACACUAUUGGAUGAUGAAGACAGACCUUCGUUAUUAAAGAUAUGUGGGUGGUGGGGCGGGGGGGGCUGAGGUGUUCAAGUCGCGUGUGUAUUUCUAAGGAUGACUUGUCUCUGCGACGUUGCAAUCCAGGGGUGUCAUAAAGCAAAGGCCUUUUACAUACAUAGAUUACACUUUAAUUUCACUUUAGAGAUGUGAUCAAACAAUGCAUGAAUGUGUAGUAGAAGAGGAAGAUGGAAACAGCCCUUUGUCUGUGUAUAUAUGGCAGGGUUGGCAGGUCGGACCACCAAACCCAGCCCAUUAGUCUCCAAACCACACCGUUGUAGAGGUAGCUUGUCAAAACGUUGGCUAGAAUUAACUUACGAAAAACCCAUUUUCUAUGUAUUAUUUUUUUCAAGUUUGUUUUUUAUUAUGGCUUUUAUUGAGUUAUUGCUCUAUUUAACGGUCAUUGCUUUUAUUUUCCAUCGGUUGCUGACAUGUUGAUCGCCGGUUGGAGGUGUGUAUGCGGUCUGUAUGUGAAGGUAUGAGUUGGGGCUUUGCAUCUGAUUCUGGAGUUGUUUGGGAACUGAGCCCCGACUUUUCAAAUUGUGUGUCUUUUAUUUGGUAGUUUGCCUUUAGUGUCGAAUGAUUUGUCCUUCCUUCCUUUCGUCACAUUUAUGGUUUUUCCUGUAGAGUUUUGGUUUUGUAUGUUUUUUGUAAGUACUCUUCUGAGGAAAUGUGACCUAUACUCUUAAUGAAUGACUAUUACCAAUGGUACACUUUAUAUUCAUAAUUUGAAAUGCCAUAUAUUUCAAAUGAUUUUGUUAUAUGUCCAUCUUGAGUUAUUUUUAGGUUUACCCCAAAACAAUGUCAAUGAAAAAAUUACCAAUUUUGCCACAUAAAAUGUCCCCUGUCGAAAUAUUGUUUUGGCAAUCAAGUGCAUUUCAAAUGAGAUGGUUCUAAAACUGACGCCUACAACUAAAUCACUUUUGAGUUAUAAAGGGAUUUUAAAGUC